AUGACAACCCCCGACGCCUCGAGCGUGAAACAGCCGACGUGGUUUCCUCCGCGUCCCAUCGAUGGCUUGACCGAGUACUGGGCGACGCACUACCCCCUGCGUCUGUACAACAGCAUGACACGCACGAAGAAUGCAUUCGUACCUAUGCGGGGCAAGCGCGUGCUCUGGUACAUGUGCGGCCCGACAGUGUACGACCAGACGCACUUGGGCCACGGUCGCACGUACACGUGUUUCGACUAUGUGCGCCGCAUCCUCGAGGAGUACUUUGGACUGGAAGUCGAGCUCGUGAUGAACAUCACGGACAUUGACGACAAGAUCAUCCUCCGAGCCGCUGAGACUGGUUGGUUGGAGGCUCAUGUCGGCAAGGAGCUGCCCACGAAUAAGGACGAGAAAGCCAAGCUCGUGAUGGAGUGGGCGGCCCAGCAGCCUGCUGAAGGCAACAUGCGCCGCACGCGUGAGCUGUCCAAGUUUUGGGAAAAAUCGUUUCUGGACGAUAUGGCGGCAUUAAAUAUCAAAACACCCACGGUCAUUACUCGUGUGAGUGAGUAUGUGCCUGAGGUGGUGGAGUUCGUGAACGGGAUUAUCAACAAUGGCUUUGCUUAUGAGAGCAAUGGGUCCGUGUACUUUGACACGAUGGCUUUUGGUAAGUCAAAGGGUAAGGCGUACGGCAAGCUGCUGCCGGAGAAUGUUGGGCAGUCGGAGCUGCUUGCAGAAGGUGAAGGUGCGCUGUCUGCUGGACCGACAGACAAGCGCAACGUGAGCGAUUUUGUGUUGUGGAAAAAGUCCAAGAGCGGCGAGCCAUUUUGGUUGUCGCCGUGGGGUGAGGGGCGUCCGGGGUGGCAUAUUGAGUGCUCGGCGAUGGCGAGUGAUGCGUUGAAGCACCUUGCUGGCGGCAAGAUCGAUGUCCACUCUGGUGGCAUCGACUUGCGCUUUCCGCAUCACGAUAAUGAAAUUGCGCAGUCAGAGGCGUAUUUCGAUUUCUCGCAGUGGGUCAACUACUUCGUGCACACGGGCCACUUGAACAUUGAGGGCUUGAAAAUGUCGAAAAGCCUGAAAAACUUUGUAAAAAUACAGGAAGCGCUGUUGGACAACUCACCGCGUCAGCUGCGCUUCCUGUUCUUGCUCCAUAAGUACAAUGUGCCUAUGGACUAUAAUGAUAACUCGAUGGACGAGGCUGUGGGUGUUGACCGUUUCUUUACGGAGUUUUUCGCCAACGUUAAGGCGCGGCUCCGUGAGCUAGGUGUCGAAAAGACGCAGAAGUGGACGUCCGUAGAGAAGGCGCUGCAUGGUGCUCUGCUUGAAUGCAAGGAAAAAGUGUUCACUGCACUGAGCGACGACAUUAACACGCCGUUGGCACUACUGCAUCUACAGCAGUUGGCCAAGGAGGUCAAUCGUUACAUGGCGGGAGACACUGACAAGCAGACUUCCAUGUUGAUUCGUGCCAGCGCGGAAUACAUCACGCGUAUUCUAUCGGUGUUCGGACUCACCACGUCAGCCACGGACAUUGGCUUUCCGCUCAGCUCAGGUACCACUGGUGGUGCUGACCAAGAGACUGUGCUCACGCCUGUGUUAGACAUUUUUGCACAGUUCCGUGACAAAAUCCGCGAGGCUGCACGCUUUGCAGCUGCAGAAGGAGAUGAUAAGAAUUUGGCUAGCGUGGUGCUGCGUCUGUGCGACGUGGUGCGCGAUGAGAAGCUACCGUAUGCUGGUGUACGUCUGGAGGAUCGCUCUGCUGGCGCUGCUGUGUGGAAGUUGGCCAAUAAAGACGAGCUGCUUGAGGAGAUUGAGAAAAAGAAGCAGGAGAAGAUCAAAAAGGAGGAACUGAAGCGCCAGCGAUUAGAGGACGAGGCGCGCAAAAAGGCAGAGCUUACUGAAAAGGCCAAAAUUUUGCCGAGCGAUAUGUUUCUGGAAAUGAAAGACAAGUACUCCAAAUUUGACGACAAUGGUCUGCCGACGCAUGAUGUCGCUGGCGAGCCGUUGAGCAAGGGUCAGACAAAGAAGUUGGCCAAGGAACAAGCGAAGCAAAAGGCGCUAUACGAGAAGUACACAACAAAUUAG